CGUCGGCGCGGCUGCCACUCGAGUUAAUAAACAGUUAAGUUUGGAAGACUCAGCAGACACGUUGAGGGGGAGUUACCGAGCCCGGGCAGCAAAAACAUCCCGGCGCAUUCCUGGGGCGCCCGGGCUGCCAGCAUCUGAUUACAACCAUCUCGCCGGGAGCGGCGGCUCCGCGGCUAUUUAAGCGCGGCCGCCGGUGCGCGGCGCGGCUGCCGGGAGGGAGGCUCGCGGCCGGUCAUGCUCGCUCCGCAGACGCGCUAGCCAGCCUAACCAGAAUGAGAACUAGACUGGCGACAUGAAACACCGGAGGGGCAGGAUGUGGUCAUUUAAAAUUCUCCCUGGUGCCGCUGUGCCGUUCUGACGUUGAAGCAUGCCACUGGCUUGGUCAGAGGUGUCUGCAGUCGGUUAUGUUCUUUUGAGACCUCGCCAUCAGGGAGCACCUGGUGUCACUAAGUGUCUGCUGGUGCUGGAGUUUGCUGUCUGCCUUCUUGCCAUGUCUAACGAAGUAGAAACCAGUACAUCUAAUGGUCAGCCUGACCAACAGGCCGCACCAAAAGCACCGUCGAAGAAGGAGAAGAAGAAAGGCUCGGAAAAGACGGAUGAGUAUCUUUUGGCCAGAUUCAAAGGUGAUGGUGUAAAAUACAAGGCCAAGCUAAUUGGCAUUGAUGAUGUGCCAGAUGCGAGAGGAGAUAAAAUGAGCCAAGAUUCUAUGAUGAAACUAAAGGGCAUGGCGGCGGCUGGUCGGUCUCAGGGACAACACAAACAAAGGAUCUGGGUCAACAUUUCCCUUUCUGGGAUCAAAAUAAUUGAUGAGAAAACUGGGGUGAUAGAGCACGAACAUCCAGUAAAUAAGAUCUCUUUCAUCGCCCGUGAUGUGACAGACAACCGGGCAUUUGGUUAUGUGUGUGGAGCAGAAGGCCAGCAUCAGUUUUUUGCCAUAAAAACAGGGCAGCAGGCUGAGCCAUUAGUCAUUGAUCUUAAAGACCUUUUUCAAGUUAUCUAUAACGUGAAGAAAAAGGAAGAAGAAAAGAAAAAGAUGGAAGAAGCCAACAACGCAGUCGAGAAUGGAAGCGAGGCCCUAAUGACUCUUGAUGACCAAGCUAACAAACUGAAAUUGGAAAGCAAAGAUAUCCUGUUAGUGGAUCUAAACUCUGAAAUCAACACCAAUCAGAAUUCUUUAAGAGAAAAUUCAUUCUUAACAAACGGCAUCACCUCCUCCUCUCUUCCUCGACCAAAGCCUCAGGCGUCUUUCUUGCCCGAAAAUGCCUUUCCUGCCAAUCUCCAUUUCUUUCCCACCCCCAAUCCUGACCCUUUCCGUGAUGAUCCUUUUGCACAGCAGGACCAAUCGCCACCCUCUUCAUUUGAUUCUCUCAAAUCUCCAGAUCAGAAGACAGAGAAUUUGAGUGGCUUGUCCACUCCACUGAGUAAUGGGCCCCUGAAUGGGGACGUUGAUUACUUUGGUCAGCAGUUUGACCAGAUCUCUAACCGGACUGGCAAGCAGGAAGCUCAGGCAGACCCGUGGCCCCUCUCCAGCCCGCAAACCCAGCCAGCAGUGAGAACUCAGAAUGGGGUCUCUGAAAGAGAACAGAACGGCUUCCAUGUCAAAUCCUCCCCGAACCCUUUUGUGGGAAGCCCUCCCAAAGGACUGCCCGUGCCAAAUGGCCUAAAGCAGGACUUGGAAAGCUCUGUCCAGUCCUCCACACAUGACUCCAUAGCCAUUAUCCCACCUCCACAGAGUACCAAACCAGGAAGAGGCAGAAGGACUGCCAAGUCUCCAGCAAAUGACUUGCUGACAUCAGACAUCUUUGCUCCUCCGGACUCAGAACCUCCAGGCCAGGCAUCACCUACGGGACAGUCUACAACCCCACAGACCAACCCUCUGGAUCUCUUCAAGACCAGUGUUUCUCCCCCUGUGGGACCCCUAGCAGGUCUAGGUGGUGCAGCAAUCACACCGCCUCACACAGGACCAUGGAGCCCACCAUCUCUCGUGUUCAAUCAGUCCCCUUCCAUGGUCCCAGGAGCCAUGAUGGGUGCUCAGCCUGCCGGAUUCAGUCAACCAAUGGUUUUUACCACAAGCCCGACGGUUGCAGGGUGGAACCAGCCUUCAUCCUUUGCAGCCUCAACUCCCCCUCCAGCCCCUGUUGUUUGGGGCCCAUCAGCAUCUGUGUCACCCAAUACUUGGUCAUCAGCAAGCCCUCUGGGGAAUCCUUUUCAGAGCAAUAUUUUUCCAGUGCCUGCUGUGUCUACCCAGUCCCCUCCUAUGCUCUCCUCUCUCCUGGUCACUCCUCCUCAACCACCUCCCAGAACUGGCCCUCCAAAGGACAUCUCCACCAAUGCCUUCGUUGCUUUGGACCCCCUCGGGGAUCAAGAAGUCAAGGAAGUGAAAGAAAUGUUUAAGGACUUACAACUGCGGCAGCCUCCGGUCCCCGCGAGGAAGGGAGACCAGCCUUCCUCGGGGACUUCAAGUGCCUUCUCGAGUUAUUUCAACAGCAAGGUGGGCAUUCCUCAGGAGAAUGCAGACCACGAUGACUUCGAUGCUAACCAACUAUUGAAAAAGAUCAAUGAACCACCAAAGCCAGCUCCCAGACAAGGUGCCCCGCCAGUUACCAACUCUUCUGACAAUGCCUUUCAGAACCCUUUCUCUAAAAAUGCUUUCAGCUCGUCACAAGCCUCUAUGACUUCUCCUCAACCCGCAUCUUCCGAUGUAUAUAGGGAUCCUUUCGGAAGUCCUUUUGCGUAACUUCUGAACUUGGCUUGCAGACUUUCCAGAGGAACAGAGAGGUUGGCCUUAGCAGUCAAGGACAAAGCUGAUUGCCAUACUAGUCCUGACCGCUGCCCUUGUUCCAGCUUUGCGUAUUAUCUGCUGCCUUAUUUCUUGCUGCCUCUUCCACCUGUAAAGAGUCUCUCACUUUCUGUUUAGGUUAACGCUAAACUGAAUCUUAUAGCUUUAAAUAAAUUAAGAAUCUAAACACUCUAGCUUAAAUAUAAAUGAAGUAGUUUCCCUACCUGAGCCCUUGCCUAUUGUGUCCCUAAAACGUUCUAGAACAUUCUACCAUGUACCCUCUGGUUGUGCGAUGCAGCCACCCCUCAGAUCAGACUGCUUUGAAUAAAUUUUAAAAUCCUUACUGUUCAAGGUUGUUUGGGGGUUCCGUUUUAGAGCAUAAAACCUAAAAAUUGUAGUCGAGCAGGGCACCUUCUUAAAUCUUGCUUCACACCAUCACUUGCAGAGAAUUUUUAAAGUAAAAUUGAAGCAAGUCCAACUUCUCUGUAGGCACUUUGGAAUCCGACACACCCAAGAACCUUUUUAAAGAUAUAACUUCUCCUUUUUCUGAAGAUCGUAUUUUUCUCAAGGUCGAGAGUAUCCUUUCUCCAGUCUGCUCCUCUUGCCAGUGAGGGAAAUGCAUCAUUCCUGUCUCCUCUCCUUUUCCCUUUGAUUCUCUUUUCAAUCAGUUUUGCUCCUGGGUUCACAUCACUUCCUUUUCACAAGAAAGGGAGUUUUGUGGGGCAAAAUAUCUAAUGAUUCACAGAUCUGAACUCUUGUCACCUUCUCAGUAAUUGCUAAUCCCAGUAACUAGAAUUGCAAAUGGGACAACCUUUAUCCUUUCUGUGGAAGAGGGGCCAUCCUCUUGAGCUGAAGUUCCAGGAGAGCAGUUAAUGUUGAAGAAAACCCGAACUCGACUCAGCAAUGAAGGACAACACAUCACAAAGUGAAAUGUGAUUGUGCCAAAUAUGUUAGGUGCUUAUUUGGGGUUAUGCUAGACCUUGAUCAAGUAACUGGAAAGCUUUCCGGAAGCCACAACCUCAUAGUUAGUUGGAAGAUCAAUAGGGAAAAAAAAGUACACAAAAACCUGCAGAACAAUUGUUUCCUCCUAUCAUUGCAAACCUAAUGUCUGAAAUAUUUUUCUCCUUUAACCUUGGAAACUGCCCAGUUCACUUUCAGUCCUAUUGCUAGCACAGUUCCGGAGGGUUGGUUCUUGCCAAAAUGAGUUUUGUUUGUUUUUGUUGGGUUUUUAAUGUUGUCUCUUGACCCCUAAUGCUCAGGUUCUUGUGGGUGUUAACCAACCACAUUCAAUGUAACUUUUAGGUAGAAGAAGAGGAUGACUGCUUACUAUCUAAAUAAGAUGCUGGCCUCAUGAAUCUCUAUUGAUUAGCCCCAACUAGUCCAAGCUAAAGUCCCAUGGGUUUAUGUUUAAUGGUAAUAGCUCCUCAUAUUUGGCAUAACUUUCCAUCUGGCUUCCUACUCAGUCAUUAUAAACACGGACUUGAAAUAGUAUUUUAUAUGUCCAAAUACCUACAUGUGCUAAACUGGAGGCAAUUAUUUCUAGAUAGUUGAAUUUUUGAAAGUAGAAAAAUUUUUUAAAGUGAUGAUCAGCCACAUAAAUAUUUUAUACAUACUUGUUUUCUUGUGCACUUUCUGUAUGCAAAUAAAGCUAUAAAUUUACUCAUUUCAAUAAACUGGAAUGGCAGAA